CUAUUUUUUUGUAGGAAAAUGAAAAGAAGAAGUGAUUAUGAUCUCCAAGCUAAGACUAGUGCUGAAUUGCUUCAGCUGUACAAAGUGAAAUUGGAAGGUGCUAACAAUUUGAAGAAAAUGAAGGGGUCUAGUCAAAUACAACAGCAAAAGAAAAACCAGAGCCAGCAAAGCGAAGAUCAAAGGAAGAACCAUGUGAGUUUUAGAAAAUCAGUUCAAGUAGAAGAAUCUUCCUCUAUGCAACAAAAAAUACAGCAGCAGAGGCAGCAACCGGUGAACUCUUCGAAAUCUAACCAAGAGGAUCAUUCUGAUGAACAAGGCUCCAAAAAAAAACAUAUGAUGCAACCAUUGAGCACUAGAAUAGCACUACAAGCAACUAGAUCUACUCAAAUUCAAGGCAUAAGAGAAGAUCAAAGGAAGAACCAUGUGAGAUUUAGUAAAUCAGUUCAAGUAGAAGAAUCCUCCUAUAUGCAACAAAAAAUACAGCAGCAGAGGCAGCAACCGGUGAACUCUACGAAAUCUAACCAAGAGGAUCAUUAUGAUGAACAAGGCUCCAAGAAAAAAAAGGUUGCUCCAAAGUGUGCUUCAAUGCCACUUAAUGAGUAUAUUAAUAAGAAUAUCCAUGAACUUGAAAUAGAGCACUCAGAAGAUGAACAAAGUGAAGAUAACGACAUUAAUGAAGAAGUUGAAGGGGAAAGUAAUGAUUGUACAAGUGAAGGGACAGCAUCUGCAUCAAAAAGAAAACGAGGAAAGACAAAAUGCAAAAAUGUUCAUGCACGCUCGGUUGAUGAUAGAGAGGAAAUCAUCUUGAAUGUGGAAGGAGAACCUGUUGGACCAAAUCAAAAGAUAGUUUCUGAACUUAGCAGUUUCUUGGGAACAAUAGCAAGAAGUGCAUAUUUGUGUCCUCUCACUUACACUAACUGGAAGGCUAUACCAGAUAAAUCUCACAUAUGGCAGUUUGUCAAUAGUAAAUACGACAUUCCAGAGAAGGGGAAGAAUGUUGUGUUUGCUAUAAUACGUGAUGCUUGGAGGCGCCAGAAAUGCUCCAUUAAGAAAAACCACUUUAGCAAGUAUAAGAACAUGCGUGACCGGCUGAAAAAUCGUCCUGAAGACGUACCAGAGGCACACUUUAGAGAGUUGAUAGAUUAUUGGAGGCUUGAAGCAAUUAAAGAAAUCAGUGCCAAAAAUGCUAGAAAUAUAGCACAGCAGAAUUGGAGACACCGAGUGGGGCCUAUAAGCUUUGCUUGUAUAAGGGAGAGAUUGCGUGCAAGCAAAGAGGAUGGAGAGAGCCCUACUCAAGCUGAUAUUUUCAUUGAAACUCGUAAAAGCAAGAAAGGAAAAAAGGUGGAUGAAGAAACAAAUAAUGUGAUUACAAAACUUCAUGACUUGGUUGAAAAUUGUGGUCAAUCUUCUUCUGAAGCUUUUAAGCAAGUGUUUGGCGACGAAAGACCGGGGAGAGUGCGAUGCUACGGGAGAACUAGGACACCAAGUGUCUUCAAAAGGAAUAAUGAAAUAGCUGAAAUUGAGAAAAAACAUGCGAAGGAAGUUCAACGUUUAACUGAUAAGGUGCAUGACAUGGAGGCAAAGCAUGAGGACAUGGAGCGAAAAUUUCAAAUUCUUCUACGGACCAUGCUGAACCAUACUGACAACGCAGUUGAUUUGGAUGCUUUAGCUGCCUUGUUACUCCCCAGUGAUGACAAUGGCCCUCUACAUUCAUCUACAUCUGUACAUGCUCCAAAUAAUCAAGAGCAAAAUGAUGGUGGCAUGAUGGCGGAAGAAGAUGAUGCUACACUUUGAUGGUGGAAUUUGGAUCCUGUAGUUUGGAUCUUUAGUUUGGAUCUUUAGCUUAUUAGUUUGGAUUAUUAAAUUUGUUGGAUUAAAUGGAUUAAAUUUUCCACUCCUUGUUGGAUUACGUGGAUUCAGAUGGUUAUGGAGGAUUGCAAGAUUCUAUCUUAUAAUUUCUACACAAGUCAGUUGCUGCAGGUUAAAAGGAAUUGCAACAAAGCUGCUGAUUUUAUGUCAAAAUAUGCUCUUUCUUUUGUUAAUCAUGUAUGGUUCUCAAUAUGGGUCCAUGCGGUCUAGGACAAAUUCUGUUAGUUGACUGUGGGGUUCCCUCUCAAUUUCCAUUUCAAUGAAUGAAAUACUAUUUUAAUUAGCAAGUAUAUAAUUGUAUUCAAUUUGAUGAC